CUAUUGUUUAGUGUGUGGGCAAAAUACCAGGAGAAUUUAGAGAUAUUGUCUACAGCUAUGUCCAGUCUGAAAGCUUAUGGUCAGAGAAUCAGCUUUGCAAGUGGACGUAUGGAAAUGUUACAAGGAUUAUUUGCGAGGAAGGAAGCUAUGUUAAAACUACAGAUAGAGAAAGGGGAUAUACCAGAGAGAGAUAUCAGUCAUAAUGUAGAAGCUGAUAAACAAGAUAGUGAGGAAAGUUCAUAUUUACGUUGUGAGUUGGAGAGAGUGAUACGAGAAAGAGAUAACCUGGCAGCUCAAAUAAAACAAGAUUCUCAAACCUUAGACAACAAAGUUCUCUCCAUCAGAUCUCAAGUGGAGGAAGAAAUUGAAACAUUAAAACAAGCCAACUCUGAUCUGGAGAGUAUUGUACAAGACAAAUCACAGGUAACUUUAUGACAAUAAAUCAAAUCACAGG